GAGGAUGAGUGUUUGAUCGAGACUUGCCAGGCGCCUCGGGGGGAAGCGGAACAGAGGUGUGACUUCAGAUCUGUUCCGAAAAAAACAUAACACCAGGUUGGAGAUGGACUGUAUAGAAGCAUGAUCUGAACCCACGGCGUUCCAGUUUGAGCAGCUCAGGUCAACAGCAGUCGCGUUUGGACGGUUUUUGGUGCUAUGGGCGCGUUCCAGUCUGCACCUGGCCACCCGGACUACCUUGCUUUGGCGGGGAAGACGGGCUUUUCAUUAGAACAGAUUGGAGUCCUCCACAAACGAUUCAGGCAGCUGAGCCAUGAUGAAGAGACUCUGCAGAGGGAAGAUUUCAACACAAUUCCAGAUCUGGCAUGCAAUCCAAUCCGUUCCCAAAUCAUAGAGGCCUUCUUUGACAGAAGAAACUUCCGACAGAAUGAUGAGGGGACAGUUCAGGAGAUUGGCUUUGAGGAGUUCCUGGUGGUUAUGUCCCAUUUCAGGCCUCCAUCCCAGCACAUCACUGAGGAGCAGCGUGAGAGCGUCAGGAGAGAGAAACUGAGAUUCUUAUUCAACAUGCAUGACACAGACAAUGAUGGAACAAUAACCCUUGAGGAAUACAGACACGUGGUAGAGGAAUUGUUAUCUCAUAGUGGGGCACUGGGAAAGGAAACAGCUAAAGGCAUUGCUGAUGCUGCCAUGUUGGAGGUGGCCAGUAUUUCGAUGGGUCACAUGGAACCUGAUGAAUUUUAUGAGGGAAUCACAUUUGAUCAUUUCCUCAAGUUACUGAAGGGCUUUGAUAUUGAAUCAAGAAUGAACAUUCGCUUUUUGAAUAUGGAUACAACAACCCUGUGCAAGUGAGGUCCUACACAUUUCUAUGCAAGAAUGUCAAAUGACCUGAGGUUGUAUAUUUAUGCAUAUUUAUGUUUUUACGACUCUUUUUGUUUGUUUGUUUGUUGAGUAUUUUCCAUCUGGUUGCCUCUCAUAGCAUUUCCCUCCCUUCCUUGCAUUGAAUAUAUGCCUCAGUUAAGGUUUGGAUGACUAUGCAAAUACAGAAGUUUUCAGAAAACAUGUAUACAAUGAAUUUAGCAUGCUCAUCCUUUUAUGUGGUAUUGCAAGCAAUAAUAUGAGAUAAUCUGUUCAAUACCAGUGUGUUCGUUGCUGGAUAAAGCAAUAAUCAUGUAUCUAGGUCCUGAGUAACAGACAAUAUGAUUAUGUGCAUGCAAAUGCAUAGUUGCAAAGACACUAUGAGAAUGUUAAUGUUGACAUUAAUGACCUUAAAUAAUCAGGGAUAUAUAUUAUGUCUUAAAAACAGGUUUUGCACUGACAUAAAGGAGACAAUAAUGUGAAAUGAGUAUCAUCAAUCCAGUGUAACAACUACAGCACUUUGCAGUGUAUUUAAAAGGUUGCAUACUCACACACUUCCACAAUUAAAGUCUCUGAAACAAAACUAAGUUUGCUUCAUGAUGUGUACUUUGCUUGAUGAUGUGCACUGAAAUGGGAAUAGGAACAUGCAAGUUAAACAGUGGGAAUAGGCAUCACAUUGAAUUCAGAGAUGAUAAUUAUGGGUGGAGUGGUGGGGGGCAUAGAGGUA